CAAGCUAAAGGCAUCAGAUCCUUUAUCAACUUUCUACACCGAACGUUCAACUUCAAACAUUCAACAUGGCCAUCCGCGUCGCCACUCUCUGCUGCUUCCUCUUGCUCGUUGCGCUGGCAACGAGUGCCAAGAUUCCGCCUAAGAAGGGACAUCAUUUCAAUCAGUCCUCUAGCAAAGAGCAGGACAAGAGUUCGUCCAGCAGCGAACGUGAUUCAAGCGAAGAAGUUAAACUACCGGUGAAACGUACCACCAAGGCGAAGCCAACAACCACCACCACCACCACAACUGCUCCGACAACUAUUCAAGAGAUUACCACCAGGCCUACUACCCCAGAUACUACCCCAACAACCGAAAAGUCGCUGUUGGAUUUCUGCUAUUGGGUGGCAGAUGGGAAUUACGUCAAUCCGUAUGAUUGCAAGACUUUCAUCAGCUGCUCCAAUCAAAUCACUUUCAUUAUGAACUGCCCGGCUAAUUUGGUUUACAACCAACAGCUCAACUGGUGCGACUACAGCCACAAUGUACCCGGCUGUAUGUGAA